AUAAAUUAGAGUAGCGAUCAAUCAAACGCAACUACGCAAUCGAUUCUAACGUAAAUCAUUGAGUGGCGAUAAUACUAGCCGUUUCGUAACCAGCACUUCGCUUUUAAUUAAAACACUUGAUUAAAAUCGGCAAUCUCGCAAAACAAAUACGUCCCCACUUUUAUCAGAUCUCUACGUCACAAUAAACAAAUCUCGGUGACAUGCGUACUCCAAGCCGCUAUCUUAUCAAAUCAAGUGAUUGUGCAAAUGAGAACAGUUUAUCAAACGACUACAGACAGACUAGGCUGCUGCGAACUCUUCCGAGCCCUACCAAUACGGUUCAGAAUACGAAUUGUUGCAGGCCCAUUCGACCGUCCGCCGUCGUUUCGAGUGAACGUCGGAAAGAACUCGCGUAACUAUCGUUAGAGUAGCGCGCGUAGUUCGUACCGGGCCAUGCACAAGACCGCGCGACCCGUCCUAGGGCUAUGGACACCCUCCUCGAUAGGUUCAAACGGGAGCAAGGAGGUCUCCGCCGCUCCCGAUCCGUCCGAGCUUCCCUGCGAUUGAUCGGCAAUCGGUUGCGCAGCAAGGACGAAGAACCCCCUGACGACGUCGACCUCAAACGCAACACCGUCGUCUUCACGACCGCCCAAAUCUGGCCGACGGAAAACUUCGACGUCGCGUACAAAGGCCUCGAAGGGACAUACAAAUCGAAAACCCCUACGAUGGCGAAAAGGAAACCUGAUGCGAAACCGAGGAGGAAGAGUGGUGAUAUCGAUUUAAAUUUGAAACCCCAUAAACAUGGAAAAGUGGAGAAAACUAAGUUCAGUGAUUUCUUUACGCAUAAAAAGUUAAAGAGUGCUUCAGCUAAGGAGUUGUUGGUGCCUGAAAAGAUUCCUCCAAAAGCAGCAGCCAUACUUCAUAUUCAUUCCCCGGAAGAAAAGGGGAAGAAGAAGUUAAAGGGGAUGGGGAAGUCGGAGUCUGCGAAGUCGAUCGUGGAUUCCGUGCCGCUGCGGCGCGUGCGCCGCGGGUCGGAGAGCGACAUGUCGUGCGACGAGCCGCGGGGGCGCGUCAACAGAGCUUUUGUGUACAGCACGCCGCCGAAAGACAGGAAACUGCCCAAAUCACCGUCCGCCUAUCUAAAGCUCCAGUACGGCGCGCUCCUCGAGGGGUGCGGGGGGGAGCUGCCGUCGCUCUCGGCGUGCGCGCCGCUCCCCCCACCCCUCGACAAGGCGAGGAGGCAGAAAACGAAUGACAAGCUUGACAAAGUGGCUCAAGUUAACAUACACUUACACGCACUCUUCGCUGCCGUCGAACACGGGUACCUUGACAAAGCCAGAAAUAUCCUCGAGUCCACCGAUGUCGACGUCAAUAGUGUCAACCCCGAUGGCCUGUCGCCUCUCGACGUGGCCGUGCUGGCCAACAACAGGCCGCUUGCCAAGAUGCUCAUGGAGUUCGGAGCCAAAGAGGGCACGCAAUUCAAGAGCGCAGAGGCGCUGGGCGCACACCUGCGGCGGCUGACUCGGGAGGCCGAAGCGCGGCUGCAUGAUGCUGCUGGGUGCUUCCCGGAGCGUGCCUGCCGGGACGAUGCUUGCACAAGGUCAUCUGCGGGCAAGCAGGCGGACACGACAGGGUGCGCGGGCGGCGCGGGCUCUGAGAAAGACAAGCAGGCGCAACAUUGGGAGCGGAGAGUGAGGACGCUCAAACGUCUACUUCACGGAUGGCAGGCUCUACGGUUGCCGGCGGCGCCAGCCCCUCCUGACUUGGAAGUGUGCGGCGCCCACUCUGUCUCUGUACGGCUGAGAGACCCGAGACUGACGCGAGAGCAGCCCCCCAUUACCAAAUACAAAGUUGAAUGGUCAUCCCGCGCCGACUUUUCCAACGUGUGCGGCACCCGCGAGGUCCCCUGCGCCGUGCACGGCCCCACACGGGUGCUGGCGGCGGGGCUGACGCGCGGUCGGCGUUAUUUCUUCCGCGCCGCCGCCGGAAACCUGCGCGGCUGGGGCGCGCCCGCCUGCUCCACUCCCCGAAGUGUUGUGCCUAGCAGUUGGCGUGAUGUCUCCACGCGCGCCCUGCGUGGCGAUACUUGCGGCGCGGCGGCGGCGCUGGAGGCGCUCGCGGCGGCGGCGGCGGGCGCGCGCCUGCGGCCCGUCGCCGCGCCGCCGCGCCUGCCGCGCAAGAAGACCGCCACCAUCCGGCAGCUGUUCACGGCCGCUAGCAAGUUCCAGAAGAAUCUUAGAAGGGGCGUCUAUUUAGCAUGUAUUCUGUACCACGAAGACAAAGUGUUGGUGACUAGUGAAGAGUUCCUACCGGUGAUUGAGGUCGACGAGACUUAUCCUACGUGUAUCUAUACGGACUUCCACUGGCUUAUGAAGGUGUCAUGCGCAUGGGACGACGUGAAAGCACUUCGCUCAGACAUGGAGAAGCAUACUUCGUCGUCUAUCCAUUUUCGGCUGAAACUGCUCACCGCGUGUGCGCAGAUGCAGUCCGCGCUCUGUAUUCAGGAUCUAGGUCAAUUAUACCACAAACCGCUGCGAGACUCGCACGGCACCAUCGUCCUGUCUUGUGUGAACAGCGUCAAGUCCGCCAAGUCCGUCUCCGCCCUGAACUCCCGCUGGGCCCCAGUAUCCAGGCUUCGACGACGAGUGCUAAGCGAGGACAACACUAUUAGCGAGCUCCUAAUGGCGUCUGUGCAUGAACAGAUUGCGUACCAUCAGGUGUCGCGUGUCCAGCUGCCCCGCGGGCUGUACCUGGGCUACCUGAAGCUGCAGUCGUCGGUGGAGGUGGUCCGCAUCGUGGCGCCCGCGCGCACGCCCAACGUGCCGCCGCACACGCGCGUGCGCGACAACCCGCACGUCUCCGCUGAGGAAUGGGACUUCCUAAAAACACAAGCUGGCAACCCGUCGUCCGAGGACUCGCAAGCGAUCCCCACUCUCGUAGCCAUGGGUAGCCAGGAGAAGCCUUCCGAAUCUCAAGAGAUGUUCCUGGACCAGAUCGCGUCCGCCUCCCGCCGGCUGUUCAAGGAAAUGGACAUUUCCAUAGAAACUGCUAUCACCCACCGAAUCUACGAUCUUGAGGUCAUAGAACUUAAUAGCGAUGUCAGUUUCAUCAUGCUAUGUCCACCCGCGGAACAAGCAUGCUCAGUACCCGGCCAAAAAGAAAUACUGCUACAGAAAGGGGACUUACUCAGCUUACCGAUACAAGCAUUUGAGAUGAUACAUCUUCAAACGUAUCACACUAACAUAUUAAACAAAUACUCCAAACUUAGCUGCGUUUUGGAGCUGGACGUCGCUUUAGCAGCUCACUCACAUCGAGAAGCAUUCUCUUGCACAGAGCUACAAACGGCCAAAGAGCGGCUGACCAAGCUAGAAGAACUCCAAAAUAAUUUAAAUGCUAUAUGGAAAGCUGAAAGAUGGCUCAUGGAUCUGAUCGGUUUCGCUAGAGACAAAGACAAAGCUGCCCCUAGCUCCGGCAUAUUGCUCAAAUACGUCAUAGAAAGAAUGCCGUCGCAAUCCAGCGUCGACGGUUCCGACGCAGAAAAUAACGAAAACAUCAUGAAGGUGGACUUCCUUCAAAUACCAUCAAGAGAUGGCAAGAUUAACAAAACUUCCCCCGGAAGAGGCUCCUGGCCCGGCCCGGCUGGCAACGGAAACCACGCAAAUCUACAUCCAGAGUUCAGCAAGUCGGAACAACAACUAAGUCUCGCCCCUCGACAAACUUCCGUCUCCACUCUGAACCUCAGCACUUCGCAAUAUCUCAACGCUGAACCUAACUUCUCCAGAAAAAAUAGCGCCGAUUCUCAAUACACGCAAUCGAGUGUUAGUAACAAUUUCAUGAGUAGCAACUCUCAAUUCGACGUUAAAUCCCCAAGCACACAUAGUACCAGCAGCAACCGAUUACCUCCAUCUCGAAGCGAAGAUACUCUCGUCUUACAAGACAAUGAGCCUAAACCCAGACCGAACAGUACGCACGCAAGCAUGUCUACAACUUCCAGCCCUCUACUCACAGUAAAAGGCUAUUACCCUGGAAGCAUGAUCAGCGUAAGAGCUAAAGGCGUCGCUUCUGAAUCCGCUCAGAGCUUAUCAAGCGACUCCGAAAGCCAGAGCUGCCCUAUUACAACAGCAAUUCCUUUAAAAGUCCGUCCUCAACUAAAACAUAGAGCUCAACACGUGAUCGCAUCUAAAAGCAUGACUAACGUAAAGUCCAACGAUGUUGAGUUCACUGAUACUGGGCAGGAUAUGUUCCCGAACAAGUCGGGGUCGUGUGUGAAGCGACAGACGUUGUUGGAGGCUCAGGAGGAGGCGGAGUAUCACAAUAAGGUUCCUAAGACUGACGAGAGCAGGGGCGGCGAGGAGGAGCGGCCGCCGGACCAGCCGGGGAUACUUCAGGUAUUUGCCGCGUACGAGACCGGUUUAGCGGCCGGCACUUCGCUCAAGCUGCACGUCACCCCGCGCACGUCGGCGCGGGAGGUCAUCGACCUCGUCGUCAAGCAGCUCAACAUGGCCGCCGUCCUCAAGGGCAAGCCCGGCCCCGUCUACGGCCCCGAGAAACUGCAGGACUUCUGCCUCGUAGCCGUCAUAGGAGCCCGGGAAAGAUGCCUCCGGGACGACUUCAGGCCGUUGCAACUCCAAAAUCCGUGGAGAAAAGGCAGACUAUACGUCCGACUCAAGCAUGAUGUGCUAGCGGCGCUGCAACAUUCUGCCAAGCAGCCGGCGUUCAUUUAAAAAAAUAGUUUGUUUUUAAAAGCGUGUCUAUGGACUUUUAUAUUUUUAAAUAAAUAAUUUCAUAGUCUUAAGUUGAUUUCUGGUGCCAAUUAUUUUUGUUGAUGCUUUAAUACGAUAGGUAAGUAAGUAAAAGUUGUGAGUACUUUAGUGUGUUUACAGAAUUUAUGGUGCUUCUCACUGUAACGGGAUAUAACCGCUCUUUCUAUCAAACUUUCAGUACCUAGACUAGACUGGCGUAGUUUAAUCGCUUUCCAGAAUAUAGUUGGGCCAGCCGUAUCAAUAGAAAGUGGCUGAGAGGAUACUUUCAAACAUCACUCAAAUGAAAGGGCAGAGUAUAUUUUCCCUAGUGAUACGAAUAGCUGGUCAAAUUAUAGCUUACAGAUUUAGAUCGAUUUCAAUCUCUUGUCGUUCUCUAUUUAUCAAAUCUAAUUAUUUAGGACUUAAGGUACAAUAGUGUGUGAUUCUGUGACUACAGUAUAGUUAGGGUAGUGAUGUGUGCUCAUUAAUUUGGAAAUCACACUGUACCCUAUUGAUAAAUGUCAAAAUAGUGAUGAUUGUAUCAUAAAUUACUUAUUUUCUCAAACAACACUAAAGUUACAAUCCAUAACAUAACCCUUCAUCUAAGCACCAAUGGAAUGUUUGGAACUAUCAGCUAACUUCAGACUAGUCCAAAAAAAGAGUUUAAAUAGUCAGAAGUUAGCUAAAUGAUAUCCAGAAUUAGUAAGAGUAAAAUGUCGGCAAUAUUAAAAAAAAAUGUGAACAAGUUUUCACGUAAAAAUACUUUGACUAAUUAAGUCAUAUCACAAUCAAUCCUAACUUAAACCAUGAAAAGAUUUAGAUCAUAAGAAUAAAUAAAUAAAUAAAUAAAUAUGGGGGACAUCUUACACAGAUCGGCCUAGCCCCAAACUAAGCAUAGCUUGUACUAUGGGUACUCGACGACGAUAUAAACAUACUUAUAUACAUAGAAAACAACCAUGACUCAGGAGCAAAUAUCUGUGUUCAUCACACAAAUAAAUGCCCUUACCGGGAUUCGAACCCAGGACCAUCAGCUUCGCAGGCAGGGUCACUUCCCACUAGGCCAGACCGGUCGUCAAGAACUAUCAUUAUAUCAAUGAAUUCAUACUUCAAACUACUCUUUUUAAUUCUGAAUAUCAAUAUAAUCUUACACAUCGAAGUGCCUGGUUAAUUUGGACAACAUAGAAGUCAUAUCACGUAGGAAAACAGGGUGAAGAAUAUAUAUUUUGUGACACAAGCUCCUAAAUCACAGUAAGAAAAAUAUCGAAAACUAAUUUACAAAAUCGAAAUUUAAAACUACCUGCUUCAAGGUCUUGUAAUAUUAAUCUUACUUAGAUUUUUUAUAGAAGCUCGGCAUGUUGAUUGGUUUAUAAAUUAUUAUAAUCAAUUUUUUAUUAAUUUGGAGGUUUUUAUGUAAAUUAUAUUUACCUCCACUAACUUUUAAAAAUAAAACUUCUUAUUUCUGAGAAUGAAUGAAAAUGCGAUAUUUAAGGGAUAUUACGUGUAUGAUAGGUGGAUGCCAGUAAGUACAUAAAUAUUUGUAAAGAUAUUUAUUUUAUAUUUUUAAAUGUUUUGUCUUGUCCGAUGUUCACAACACAAGUUGCAAGUUCUUUUUAUUAAACCACUAUUAAUAUUGCAAAAACGUGUGAUUUAAAAUGUUUAAAUUUUUCUGCUUCCUCUAUCGAAAAAUCAGGUAAGAUAUCAUACUAAAUAUGUAGGCUAAUUCACCCAUAGAUCUCUAACGAAGUAUUCUUUUAACUAUUAAUUUUAUAUAGCCAUAAAUAUGUUUUAUUUUCAUAGCAAUUUGUAGAACUAUAAUGGAAUAAAUACUCAAAAUAAAUUAGUACCUAAGUAGGUACGUUUUGUUUCUAUGGAAAAUGUAUAUUUUUGUAGUUAGCCAUUGUGUACAAUACUAAAUGUGUAAUGAAAGAUUGUGAAAUAGAUAUAAUAUAAAUGAAUUAAAUAUUAUCAAUGAUUCGAGCCAUACUUAGAGAGGGAUUGCAAUUGUUGUAAUUACGAAGCCUAACUUAAAUGUCUUAUGAAAAAUAUAAUAGAUUUAUUUUAGAUUAUUAUAUUCACCCGUCUGCCGCGGUAUGUGUACACUUGAGAUCGAAAGUCCUUUACCAGAUUAAAACCGUGACGUCGUCGACGUCUGUUUAUUUGACUUCUUAAUUCGAUCUAACGUAUAGUUUAAGUACAUAAACAAAACAAGAUAAUCUUGUUAGAAAAAGUUCUACCUCCGUGGAGAUCAUGAUAGUCGCCAAUUUUUUUUAUAUAGAUAAACGGCAUUUGUACUCUGAGAGUGCCGCACUCCUGAUUUAUAUUAAAAGUAUUUGUUUAAGCCUUUUAUGGACAUGCGGCUUGUUUUGCGGCGCGCCCAGCUGUGCAUCAAAGAUAAUAUAAUCACUACACUGUGCAUGUUCACACUUGGACGUUGAAAUUCCCAAAAUUUCCAGUAAAGUUCAAAUGUUUGAAUUGUAGAGAAAUGCUCUGCUAAAUGUCAUGUGAUUUUGAAACAGCCGGUUGUCCAUAAAUGUGCAUUCACACGAAGAGGAUCAAGCGAUGUAAUCUUUGGUUAUCAAUUAUAUGAUGUCAUAUCAGUUUUAUUUUGUCUGGUCGUUGAAACUUUAUUGUUGCCCCCGGUGGAUAUAAUCCACCUUAGAUAAGAGAGUAUUUUGUGGUUAAACUACGUGAAAUACCUACCUACUGAUAAAGAACUUUUUAUGGUCCUGAGUGUACGUUAGAACUUAGACAAGUUGGAGUUUAACGUGAUGCACAAAAAUAAAUGUAAUUCAAAUCUU